AUGGUCGAGUGCCUCCAGACGGACAUCACGAUGAACAGCAGCGACCUGGCUCAGACUGUGAACGCGGCGUACAGUGUACAGAACCUUGUGGAAGUCACAAGUUCCUUUCUACACAUUGCACUGAUCGGGUACAUGAUGACUGCUGACUUACUAGACAUCGGACCUCUUUUCGUUAACAAAUCUAAAGGACAUAUAUUGUUUGCAUCACUGCCGUGGACAGUGCUGUCUUUGUUACGGCUUGUCAGCAUAGUGCUCAGCAGUGAAGUGGUCGUCCAAGAGGCCAACCGCACAGGAGAGCUGGUCGACAAGCUGCAGCUGCUGCCGGCUUUGACAGACGCAGACCGCCGCAGUCUACGAGAGUUCGCCCACCAGCUGAGCCGUCGUUCGCUCAGCUACGACGCUGCAGGUCUGUUUGCAAUCGACCAGUCGCUUCUGACGAGUUGUGUUGCAGCCAUAACGACGUACAUCGUGAUUCUCGUCCAGUUCGGCCUUUCUAAUGGCAGUAAUCGUCAGGAAAUUGCUUGUAAUUGUUAA